AUGUUUGAGAAAUAUGCUUCCUCAUUCAUCCUCGUCUCCUUGUUUCUGCUGUGGAACCAAGGAACUGUCUGCGUCAAGGCCGAUUCGGUCACCGUCAGAAUAGAGCCUGACUAUCCCGGCAGCUCGAGCUUCGGUAUCCACUGCGAAUCAGCGGACGAUGACCUUGGGGGCCACACUAUCGCGCAAGGGAGCUUUUACAGCUUCGACUUCAGCCCCAACGUAUGGGGUACGACGCUGUUCCACUGCGCAUUGGACUGGCAGGGCAGAGGCGUCUCGUUCGCGAUUUACGACGAGAAGAGGGACCUCAUCAGCAGGUGCGACAAACUCUGCUUGUGGAAGGUCAGGCCGGACGGCGUUGUGGGGUUCCCAGAGAAUCACAAGGAGAGUUCCGAUUUGUUCUUCCCUUGGACGAGAUAA